AUGUCGACCUCUCUAAAACUGAUUGUUGGUGUGGAAGGAGGAGGAACUUCUUUCAAAGUCGCCAUCGGAACCAAUGUCCAUGAUGCCAUGAAGCAUGUCUAUAUUGUUGAAACCAAGACAGUUGAAGAAACCAUGCAACCUAUCAAAGAAUUUCUCGAGAGAAAAUCUCAAGAGCUCGGUGGAGAAAUUGCUCGGAUCGGAAUUGCAAAUUUCGGACCCAUCGAUGUGAAGGCUGGUUGCAUUUUACCUUCCACUCCAAAAGUUUCAUGGCGAGGUUUUAAUAUUGUGGAUUACUUCAAAAAAGCCUUUCCCAAAGUGGAGAAAAUUCAUUUUGAUACGGAUGUGAAUGGACCUGCCAUGGCAGAAUAUCAACAAAUGGUAUCCACCGAAAAUAUUGCUGUAAAAUCAUUGGCCUAUGUUACUAUAGGUACAGGAAUUGGAGUGGGCUUGGUUGUCAAUGGCUCCACUGUGAGUGGAUUGAUGCAUCCAGAAGGUGGACACAUUUAUACUCCAGUGCAUCCCAACGAUAUGCAAAAUGGCUUUCAAGGUUUUUGUACCUUUCACAAACAAUGCUUGGAAGGAAUGGCAGCGUCACCUGCCAUUGUCCUGAGAAAGAACAUUUCCAUUCAUGAUGUGAAAGAUCUUUCUGAUGACGACGAAAUUUGGGAUAUUGAAGCUCAUUACUUGGCUCACUUGUGCAUCUCAUUAAUUCUCAUUUCUUCAUGUCAAGUUAUUGUAUUGGGAGGUGGUAUCAUGAAUAGAAAAAUACUCUUUGACAAGAUACGAGAUAAAACUGUUCAAUUACUGAAUGGAUAUCACGUGAUGGUCAACAGCGAAAGCAUUCGCGACAUUAUCAAGCCGUCCUUAUUCGGGGAACAUGCAGGUAUUAAAGGCGCCUUGUAUUUGGCCACCCAAUAA